AUGUUAGGAUUUCUCGACCUCCUUGCGCUUACGCUGUCUCUUGCAGUGAGCUUGGCCAUCAUUGUGCCACUUACUGGUGUUCUUGUACGGUUCAGAGCGAACUACAAUCCCAAGGGUCUACAACUAGAUCCCGAAGGAGGCGCCCAACCGCAUACAGGGCCCAUUGUAAAGUCCUACUUUGGUAUGAUGAAACGGGUGUACCAGAUUGAGGGAUGGCCGGGUCUGUACAAGGGCUUGAUGCCUACUUUCUUGAGCACCUCUGUGGUCACUGUCUUGAUCGUAGUAUUCAUGGACACUCCCCUACCGCGUCAUGGCACCUAUCACGCUCCCCAGACGGGUGUCCUAGGCACGUUGGUUUACAGUAUCGGAAUGAUGCUCAUUGCUUUGCCAACUGCGAUCGUCACGUACCGUGCAAUCACUACACCCCACAAGCUACCUUACCUCAAUGCUGCGAAAUCACUGCGUAUUCUUCUCACCCCAACAGAGCGCCGUCGUCCAUGGAUCAUCUAUUUGACCCCGGGAUUGCUUGCCGCUGAAGUUUCACAUGUCGCUAUUGUGGUUCUCGCGCUGGGACCGCUUAGGCGUCUUCUCCUUCCGCCCCUCCCAGAAUCAAACAGCCAUCUUCCUGACGUUUCUCCGGUCAGACUGGCCGUAUACUUGUUGGUAGUUUUGGUCGCCGCCGCCCUGCUUACUCCAUUGGAAGUGAUGGCGACGCGACUAGCUAUACAACGGAAUCAUGCUUCGUCAGAGUAUAAUUCUAUUUCUCAGGAAGUUGACGGUGAUGCGGAGGAUGUAGAAGAGUUCUCUGGCGCUGAGGAAGACGUUAUUGGCUUGCGCAGCGAAGGUGAUCCGUAUAUUGGUUUGGCGGACUGUGCAAAGCGUAUCAUCAAUGAGGAAGGUUGGAGCGCUCUAUAUCGUGCCUGGUGGAUCACUCUGCUCGGAACCUUUAGCAGCGGCAUCGCCUACUGA